UUAAAACAAACGGAAAAAGCGACCUGGAGAGGAGGGAAUCCAACGCGUCCUCCUCCUCGCUCUCUCUCUCCCUUCCCGAUCGACGGCGAUUACAGAUCGAGGUCCUUCCACGGCGGCGUCAUGCAGCUCGAGGUCUACAGGGGCCGCCCGUCGACGACCGCGCCACCUCCUCCUCCUCCUCCGCCCUCUUCCGAUUUCAGGAGCUACAGCAGCUCCUACGCUUACUCCAACGCCGGCCCUAAGGAGUUGAAGGCCAACCCCGAGUUUGGCCCUUCCUCCUCCAGCCGGGGCGGCUGGCUCUUCAGCGAUCCCGAUUUCCAGCGCAAGCGCCGGGUUGCCGGCUACAAGGCCUACGCCGUCGAGGUCAAGGUCAAGGGCUCCCUGCGCCGGAGCUUCCGCUGGCUCAAGGACAAGUACUUCCGAGUAGUCUACGGCUGGUAGCGUCUCCCUUUUCACCCGGUCAUGGACAGGAAUAUUGCAUGCCAAAAUUAAUUUGCUGGCCACAGAAAUUCUGUUGUUUAGAGGGGUGGCACGAAGAAGAACAACCUGUAUUGUUAGUGUUUUGUGGUUGUAAUUUGGAGAUCAGCAGAUAUGUCUGAAUGUGAUUUGUCAUCCAGUAUCAGAACAGCUGAGCUGCUAAUUAAUUAUCACUGUUGUGGAGAUGGUGAUGAUAUUUAUUCUCCAUAUAUUUUUGUCUUCUUUUGAUCUGUCUACAAUCUAUGUAUCUAUAUGACUCUUUAUCUAAGAUUUGGAAUAUUUAGGACUGCUAA